AAGCACUAUUUUGAAAGAUAUGCAAUAUUUUCAGGAUAUGACGACCUCUGUAUCCAUAACCUCUUCGACUUCGACAGAAUGUAUUUUGUUCCAGGCUAUUAGUAAACUGAGAGAUCAGAAUUGGAAUACUGCUUUACGUGGCCUAGCCGAAGUUGUUGAGAUUUGCAGAGUUUUAGACAACGAAAUUAUACUUCCCCAUAUGCCAAUUAUAAACCAGAGGCUCAUAGAAUUAAUAAAGUGUGCUAGAUCACAUGUGAGCAGAACAGCUUGCCAAGCUGUAGGUCCUCUUUUUGAAUACGUCAAAGAUACGAGACGACCGGAAUUCGACGAACUGGUCAACACGCUCCUCUAUAAAACUGCUGAUGCCAACAAAUUCAUCCAGCACGAUGCCAACCUCGCUUUAGAUUGCAUGGUGACACACGUUGGCACCUACCACGCCGUCCGGGCUAUAAGCAGUAAAGGACCAGACCACAAAAAUCCACUAGUGCGGAUAGCAGCCGCCAGGCUGAUGGUAUGCGCUGUGGUAAUCGCAGGGCCUGAGCACAUCCUCCACCCUCACAACAACGAAUACACCAGGAAGAGAAUUAUCUUGAACAUGGUCAAAUUCUUGGAAGAUAAGUGCCACGAAGCGAGAAAGUUUGGACAAAGAUUAUACAAGCUACUAUACAAAGAUAGGAUAUUCGACAUUUACCUAAAACGGUACUUAGAACGAGACGUGAUACUAAGAUUGAAAAAGUGUUUGAAACCUCCCCAAUAGUGAACGGAGAACUCGCAAUUUACUCUCAUAGGUGCACUAUUUUA